CUCAACAGUACAGCACUGCUCGUUGCUUUGUCUAUUACUAGUUAUUUAAAUUGGACUUUUAAUAUCCUGCCAGCUGCUGUUCACACACACAUGGUGCAUUGUUGCCAUUCUCAGAAUUGCAUCUUUGAAACCCAGACCCUCAGUAACCUUCAUCGAACAAAGAGGCGACCUCCUGCGUACGUUUAUAGAGGGAUUUUUCGAACCUACUGCCCUCUAGCUUUCUUGCUGGUGCUGUAUUUCUAAGACACUAUGGAGCCCAGUAUGGAGUACUGCUUAGCGCAGGUGCUGCAGAAGGAUGUUGGAAAGAGACUUCAGGUUGGCCAGGAAUUGAUAGAUUACUUCUCAGAUAAACAGAAGUCAGCUGAUCUUGAACAUGAUCAGACUAUGCUGGAUAAAAUGGUUGAUGGACUGGCCACUUCUUGGGUAAAUUCCAGCAAUUAUAAGGUGGUUCUCCUGGGGAUUGACAUCCUUUCCGCGCUAGUGUCCCGCUUGCAAGAUCGCUUCAAGGCCCAGAUUGGCACAGUGCUGCCAAGUUUACUUGAUAGGCUGGGAGACUCUAAGGACUCGGUGAGGGAGCAGGAUCAGACCUUGCUGCUAAAAAUCAUGGAACAAGCUGCUAAUCCUCAGUAUGUGUGGGACAGGAUGCUAGGAGGAUUCAAACACAAGAAUUUCCGGACAAGAGAAGGGAUUUGCCUCUGCCUUAUUGCAACACUCAAUGCAUCUGGAGCUCAGAGUUUAACGCUGAGUAAGAUAGUGCCACAUAUAUGUAACUUACUUGGAGAUCCAAACAGCCAGGUUCGAGAUGCAGCAAUAAACAGCCUUGUGGAAAUUUACAGACAUGUUGGUGAACGUGUAAGGGCUGAUCUCAGUAAAAAAGGAUUACCCCAAUCUCGGUUGAAUGUAAUUUUUACAAAAUUUGAUGAGGUCCAAAAAUCUGGAAACAUGAUCCAGAGUUCAGGUGAUAAAAUUUUUGACGAUGAAGACUCCGUGGAUGGGAACAGACCUUCCUCAGCUAGCUCCUCUACAUCUUCAAAGGCCCCUGCAAACUCACGCAGAGUUGGGAUGGGGACUACACGCAGACUUGGGUCUGCAGCUCUGGGCUCCAAGUCUUCAACAGCCAAAGAGGGAGCAGGUGCUGUGGAUGAAGAAGACUUCAUUAAGGCAUUUGAAGAUGUCCCAACGGUUCAGAUUUAUUCCAGCCGGGAUCUUGAGGAAUCCAUAAACAAAAUAAGAGAGAUACUAUCAGAUGAUAAGCACGACUGGGAGCAGAGAGUUUCUGCGUUGAAAAAGAUCCGCUCCUUACUUUUGGCUGGAGCUGCAGAAUAUGAUAACUUCUUCCAACACUUAAGACUUUUGGAUGGAGCGUUUAAAUUAUCCGCUAAAGACCUGCGGUCUCAAGUAGUACGAGAGGCUUGUAUCACAUUGGGACAUUUGUCAUCAGUUCUGGGAAACAAGUUUGACCAUGGGGCAGAAGCCAUCAUGCCAACAAUUUUUAAUCUAAUUCCGAAUAGUGCCAAAGUCAUGGCCACUUCUGGUGUUGUAGCAGUUAGAUUAAUCAUUCGACAUACGCACAUCCCUCGAUUAAUACCCAUCAUAACCAGUAAUUGUACCUCCAAGUCUGUUGCAGUCAGAAGGCGCUGUUUUGAAUUUUUAGACUUGCUGUUGCAAGAGUGGCAAACACACUCCCUAGAAAGACACAUAUCAGUGUUAGCUGAAACGAUAAAGAAGGGAAUUCAUGAUGCAGACUCUGAAGCCAGAAUAGAGGCAAGAAAGUGUUACUGGGGUUUCCACAGUCACUUCAGCCGAGAGGCAGAGCAUUUGUACCACACCUUGGAGUCUUCCUACCAGAAGGCCCUGCAGUCGCAUUUGAAGAACUCUGACAGCAUCGUGUCCUUGCCACAGUCGGAUCGCUCCUCCUCCAGCUCCCAGGAGAGUCUCAACCGUCCAUUGUCUGCCAAAAGAAGUCCUACUGGAAGUACUACAUCUAGAGCAUCUACAGUAAGUACAAAAUCUGUGUCAACACCAGGAUCUCUGCAGCGAUCCCGCAGUGACGUCGAUGUGAAUGCAGCAGCUAGUGCCAAGUCAAAAGUGACGUCUUCUGGAGCAUCCACCCCCUUCAGUUCUGCUGCAGCCUUGCCCCCAGGCUCAUACGCAUCACUAGGUCGGAUUCGUACAAGGAGACAGAGCUCUGGCAGUGCCACAAGUGUCACCUCAACGCCUGCUGAUACCCGAGGCCGCAGCCGGGCUAAAGUAGUUUCCCAGUCCCAGCGAUCCAGAUCAGCUAAUCCUGCUGGUGCUGGUAGCCGGUCUAGUUCUCCGGGUAAGCUGUUAGGAAGCGCCUAUGGUGGCCUGAGCGGUGGAACAUCCAGAGUCCAGCCGGUGCCAUCAUCUUCAGAGAAGCGCAGCAAGAUCCCUCGGAGCCAGGGAUGCAGUCGAGAGACGAGUCCCAGCAGAAUAGGACUAGCACGGAGCAGUCGUAUCCCCCGACCCAGCAUGAGUCAGGGGUGCAGCCGUGAUACCAGCCGUGAGAGCAGUCGAGAUACAAGCCCUGCUCGGGGCUUUCCUCCACUUGCUUCUCGACGUCAUUCCAGGUCCACUAGUGCUCUCUCCACUGCUGAUUCUGUUGGGCAGUCAGACCGGUUUGGACUCGGACAGCCAGGCAGGAUGCCUGCUUCUGUGAAUGCCAUGCGAGUCCUGAGCACAAGCACAGAUCUGGAGGCUGCUGUGGCGGAUGCACUGAAAAAGCCAGUGAGAAGAAGAUAUGAACCCUAUGGGAUGUACUCCGAUGACGAUGCUAACAGCGAUGCAUCAAGCGCUUGCUCGGAGCGCUCCUAUGGUUCCAGGAACGGGGGCAUUCCACACUACCUGCGGCAGACUGAAGACGUGGCCGAGGUCCUGAACCACUGUGCCAGCUCCAACUGGUCUGAAAGGAAGGAGGGGCUCAUAGGUCUACAGAACUUACUGAAAAGCCAGCGGACACUGAGCCGAGUCGAAUUAAAAAGGCUAUGUGAAAUAUUUACUCGCAUGUUUGCUGACCCUCACAGCAAGAGAGUCUUCAGCAUGUUUCUGGAAACCCUGGUUGAUUUUAUCAUCAUUCAUAAAGAUGACUUGCAGGAUUGGCUUUUUGUUCUCCUCACCCAGUUGCUAAAGAAAAUGGGAGCAGAUUUGCUGGGGUCUGUGCAGGCGAAAGUUCAGAAAGCUCUGGAUGUCACCAGGGAUUCUUUUCCAUUUGAUCAACAAUUUAACAUUUUGAUGAGGUUUAUUGUAGAUCAGACCCAAACACCAAACCUGAAGGUGAAAGUUGCUAUCCUGAAGUAUAUUGAGUCCUUGGCAAGACAGAUGGAUCCAACAGACUUUGUGAACUCCAGUGAGACAAGACUUGCUGUAUCUAGAAUUAUAACUUGGACAACAGAACCAAAGAGCUCAGAUGUGAGAAAGGCAGCACAAAUAGUCCUGAUUUCUCUCUUUGAACUGAAUACUCCUGAGUUUACCAUGUUACUUGGUGCCUUGCCAAAAACAUUCCAGGAUGGUGCUACCAAGCUCCUGCACAACCACCUCAAGAACUCCAGUAACACCAGUGUGGGUUCACCCAGCAAUACCCUUGGUCGGACUCCUUCCCGGCACUCCAGCAGCAGAACCAGCCCCUUAACUUCACCUACCAACUGUUCCCAUGGUGGACUGUCUCCAAGUCGGUUCUGGGGUUGGAGUGCAGAUGGGCUGUCGAAGCACCCCCCUCCCCUUUCUCAGCCUAACUCCAUCCCCACUGCUCCUUCCCACAAGACUUUCAGACGCUCUUACUCUCCCAGUAUGCUGGAUUAUGACACGGAGAACCUAAAUUCUGAUGAAAUCUACAGCUCUCUUCGUGGAGUCACAGAAGCGAUUGAAAAAUUUAGUUUCCGUAGUCAAGAGGACCUGAAUGAGCCAAUCAAACGUGACGGAAAGAAAGACUGUGACAUUGUGUCUCGAGAUGGUGGCCUCGCUGUGCCUACUAGUGAUGUCCGUGGAAGCAGUGACAUUGUGGAAGGUGGAAGGAUGGCUCUAGAUAAUAAAACCUCCCUACUUAACACCCAGCCUCCCCGCGCCUUUUCAGGGCCACGUGCUCGAGAAUAUAACCCCUAUCCUUAUGCUGACACAAUUAACACUUAUGACAAGACUGCCCUGAAGGAAGCAGUGUUUGAUGAUGACAUGGAUCAACUUCGGGAUGUACCCAUUGACCAUUCAGAUUUGGUGGCUGAUCUUCUGAAAGAGCUCUCCAACCACAAUGAGCGGGUGGAGGAGCGGAAAGGAGCUCUCCUGGAACUGCUAAAGAUCACAAGGGAAGAUAAUCUCGGAGUUUGGGAGGAACAUUUCAAAACGAUUCUGCUCUUGCUGCUGGAAACACUUGGAGACAAAGAUCAUUCAAUAAGAGCCCUGGCGCUGCGAGUCCUGAGAGAGAUCUUACGGAACCAGCCAGCAAGGUUUAAGAACUAUGCAGAGUUGACUAUCAUGAAAACACUGGAAGCACAUAAGGAUUCCCACAAGGAGGUCGUCAGAGCUGCUGAAGAAGCUGCUUCCACCCUGGCGAGUUCCAUCCACCCCGAGCAAUGCAUCAAGGUGCUUUGCCCCAUCAUUCAGACUGCAGAUUAUCCAAUUAACUUAGCUGCCAUCAAAAUGCAGACGAAAGUCAUCGAGAGGAUUUCCAAGGAAUCGUUGCAUCAGCUCCUUCCCGAUAUUAUUCCUGGGUUGUUACAGGGUUAUGAUAAUACAGAGAGCAGCGUCCGUAAAGCUAGUGUAUUUUGCCUAGUGGCAAUUUAUUCAGUAAUUGGAGAAGAACUGAAACCUCAUCUCGCACAACUCACGGGAAGCAAGAUGAAGCUACUAAACUUGUACAUAAAGAGGGCCCAGACCACCAACAGCAACAGCAGUUCCUCUUCAGAUGUUUCAACGCACAGUUAAUGGAGAUAUGUGGACAUAUGUGUAGACUUAGAAGCAAUCAACGGUGCCUCUGAGACCUUUCUGCUACUCUUCACUGGCACGCUCCAUCAGCUCAAGGAGGCCAUGCAGAUAUUUAUUGCAAUCAGUAUUUUAGUCCCUUAAAAGCUUUUAUGUAGAAUCUUACUGGUAUUGAAUGUAAAGGAAGCAAGGUCUGUGUUGCAGUCUUCAUUAAAAGUGAACAACAGAAAGCCAUACUUAAACAUAUUUGUAUAGCCUGCUGAAAUCUCAGAAAUAUGUUUAGGUUAGCGUUCCAAAACUGAGUCUGAGAACCUGGACACGUAUAAAGGUCAAACAAAUCUUGUUGGUUUAGUUCAUACCCAGUUUUGAUUUCUGUGUGCUAGUUACCUGCUCUCUCCCUGCAGCCGUUCUGGCUAGGUUCUCUUCUUACAAGUCUUGUGGUCCUGUUUUGUAUUCCCUGUUGCAGCUUGCCUAAUGUGCAGGGCUCUCUGUGGGGAGAUCUUUGCAGAUGUGGCUGUGAUUCCAGCCUCGGAUGCUUUAAUACUGAGAGAUAUCAAGUGAGUAAUGAAAAAGUAAGUUCUUUUUAAACAUCUGAGUUUUUGUACAUAGUUCUUCUGACAGACCUCCAAUAGGCUGAUUCCUCUGUAACUGCUCUCCAGCGAGCUAUGAUGUGCAAAACAGCUGGGCUUUUGCUCCUUUCAUUGACUGUGUAAAUAUUUCUCCCCUCCCAACCCAUUCGGCUCUUUCAUACGCUCAAAAGACUCUCCAGGUUACUCGUUACUCGCCAAAGGGAACCUGAGACCCAAUUCUGGGACCGAUGCCUGCAAAUGGGACACUGGAGUUAGGUGGGCGGGUGUUGGAUUAGGCUCUGAGUGUGUCCGUGGGGGGGCAGUGGGAGCUGGCAGGGCUGUAUCUCAGUGCUGCCUUGUGAGGCUAGCUGCAUUUUUCUUGAAGUCUGUAGCGUCAAAGGGCUGAUCUGCUGCUCUGACCUGACCCACUGGUGUUGGGUGAUGAAUGGCUUUGUCCCCACAACUCCUUUGUGCUUUGGGCAAAAUGGUCAUCCCAGAGGACAGAAAGGGUGUCUGAACAAAAAGACCCCGUGGAAGCACCUGCUGGGACAGUGCUGGUUGCCUGCCACAGCUCCCCUCCUGUGCCUGAAGAGCCUGCAGUGCUGUUAGCUGCCUUUAGAAACCUCCUUCUUCCUGGCCAGCCCCACGCACAGCCCUGCUGAGUGCCCUGCAUUUCGGAGGGGUGCAGAGGGCCCUCACUGGGCACUGCUGCCAGCAGGGUGCUGUGGGUGAGGGUGCAGCGGGGCAAAUCCUUUUGCAGCCUGAUGACACAGACCAAGUCAGAGCCACACCAGCAGCAGUCAAAUACCCCACAGUACCACCCUUUCCCAAAGGGAGACCCUUCUGUUUGCAAAGGGCGAGCUCCCCCUGCCUCUGCCUGUAAUCAGGGGAAGCAGGACGAUGCUAGUGCUGUGUUUUGCCCUGGGCUGGAUCCUGGCUGACGAGCAUGCCCACCCCAAACCUGCAAUGGAUCAUAACUGGGUUUUUGUCCCCCGUGCCAGUGAUGCAAGAGGAUGGUGGACCUGCAGCUUACAGUUGCAGCUGUGGUGAUGGAUGUGUGCUCCCUGGCUGCUCUCAGUG